UCCGUUUCUCCAAUGACGUCCAUGUCUGUUUCUGCUCGCUGCAGUCGCUUCUCCCGGGACGAUAUUCUCCUUCUUCCGUUCGGCCGGCCACCACUAACCAGCCCCGGGGAACCAUGGCCGAUCAGGCCUCGGGAUCCGCCCCGCCACAACAGCUCGACGCAGGGGGCCUGCAGCAGCGCGUGGAAGCCCUGGAGAAAGAGCGCGCCGAGCUCUUGAAAUUCAAGCAGCAGCUGGAGAUGGAGUUCAACCAGAAGCGGGCCAAAUUCAAGGAGCUUUACCUGUCAAAAGAAGAGGAGCUGAAGAGGCAAGGAGCUUCUCUGGAGACUUCCCAGGCGGAGCUGAGCCGCGUUCAGGCCCAGCUGGUGGAGGCCCGUGCAGAGAUGGAAAACAUCAAAGCAGUGGCCACUGUUUCGGAGACCACCAAACAGGAAGCUAUCGACCAGGUGAAGAGGCAGUGGCAGGAGGAGGUGGCCUCGCUACAGGCCAUCAUGAAAGAUACGGUGCGGGAUUAUGAGGUGCAGUUCCACCAGCGGCUAGAGCAGGAGCGUGCUCAGUGGGCCCAGUACCGCGAGGCCAUGGAGAGGGAGGUGGCCGAGCUGCGUAGGCGGCUGUCUGAGGGCCAUGAGGAGGAGAACCUGGAGAACGAGAUGAAGAAGGCCCAGGAAGAUGCAGAGAAACUUCGCUCAGUGGUGAUGCCGAUGGAGCAGGAAAUCGCAGCUCUGAAGACCAAGCUGACAGCAGCAGAGGACUGGGUGAAAGAACUGGAAGCCUCAAAGGUGAAGGAGCUCAAUCACGUACUGGAGGCAGAAAAAUCCUGCCGAACAGAUCUGGAGAUGUAUGUGGCGGUGUUGAACACCCAGAGAACCGUCCUUCAGGAAGAUACUGAGAAGCUGCGGAAAGAGCUACAUGAAGUGUGUCACCUGUUGGAGCUGGAGCGGCAGCAGCACAAUCAGUUGAAGCACACGUGGCAACGGGCCAAUGACCAGUUCCUAGAGUCACAGAGGCUGUUGAUGAGGGACAUGCAGAGGAUGGAGAGCGUGCUGUCCUCAGAGCAGUUGCGCCAGGUCGAGGAGAUGAAGAAAAGGGACCAGGAGGAGGAUGAGAAACUGAGGAUCAGCCAGGCCAAAGAGCUGAAAGAGGAAGAGGGGGCUGAGCAGACUGAUGCAACAGAGGACUCACUUCUUGGUUUGCCUAUUGAUGAUACCCACACGAACCACAGCAUGCACAGCUCCAUACAGUCUCUGGAUGCGGACCUGGCGGGCGGCCCGGAGUGCUCUGAGCUCUACAGGGAUGGGCUUAGGAGGGUGCAGUCCACGGACAGCUUGGGCUCCUCGGGACCAGGGGCUCAGGCUCGCAGCCUGGGCAGCAACCACAAGGCCAAGUCGGCCAGCAACCUCGAUGAGUCAGACUUUGGGCCGCUGGUGGGGGCCGACUGCAGCGGAGGCUCAGAGCUGCUAGAUUCAGUUUCUCUGAGCUCUGUUCAGCUGCCUGCCGGCCACUUCCUGCUCACCAAGGACCAAGAGAAGGCCAUCAAGGCCAUGACGCCUGAGCAGGAGGAGACGGCAUCCCUACUGUCUAGCAUCUCGCAGGCUCCCGAUACGUCGUACCUGACCCCUGCUGGCUACCGGCUGGUCAGCGAGUCCGAGUGGAACCUGCUGCAACAGGAGGUUAAGAAUGCUGGUAGGAAGCUGGGUCGUCGUUGCGACAUGUGCUCCAAUUAUGAGAAGCAGCUACAGGUCAUCCAGGGCCAAGAAGCAGAGACACGAGACCAGGUGAAGAAGUUGCAGAUGAUGCUUCGACAGGCAAAUGAUCAGCUGGAGAGAACGAUGAAUGAAAAACAAGAGCUGGAGUCCUCUGUGAAGGUCACCAAUGAGGAAACUAACACAAAGGUCUCCACGCUUAUGCAGAAGGUGCAGGAGUCGGAGACACUUCUCCAGACACUGCAGCAGGCCUUUUCCCAGGCUAAGAGGAACACGCAGGAGCAGAUGGCUGUGCUGAUGCAGUCGCGGGAGCAGGUGGCCGACGAGCUGAGCCGGCUGCAGCGGGACAACGAGAGCCUCCAGGGGAAGCACCGGCUGCACCUCUCUUUACAGCAGCAGGAGGAUUUCCAGCUGCCCACCGCUGUGCCGGAGCUGCAGGCUCUGGUGCUGCGGUACAGGGAGGACAUCGUGUCGGUUCGCACGGCCGCCGACCACCUGGAGGAGAAGCUCAAGGCGGAGAUCCUCUUCUUGAAGGAGCAGAUCCAGGCAGAGCAGUGCCUGAAGGAGAACCUGGAGGACACGCUGCAGCUGGAGAUCGAGGGCUGCAAGGAGGAAAUCGACAUCUUGGAAGCAUCAUUCUCCAGUUUGAAAACGGAGUUGGAACGAGUGAAGACGGAGAAAGAACAGUUGGAGCGCAGUCUGGAGGAGAAGACGCAGGCGCUGGAUGGUAUCCAAGGACUGAAAUCCAGCCUGGAGGAGCAGCUGAAAGAUGCUGUCGGCAACAAGACGGCCUUGGAGAGCCAGCUGUUUGACGAGAAGGACAAAGCUCAGCGCCUGCAGACGGAGCUGGAUGUGAGCGAGCAGGUGCAGAGGGACUUUGUCAAGCUGUCGCAGACCCUCCAGGUCCAGCUGGAACGUAUCCGCCAGGCCGACUCCUUGGAGCGAAUCCGCGCUAUCCUCAACGACACCAACCUGACCGACAUCAGCCAGCUCCCCGAGACAUGAUGCUGCCGCCCUCCCGGCCGCCCAGCAGACCACUGAGCCACCCGUCUCCCUGCCCCCCACCCCAGCGGGAGGUCUUGGGAAGGAGGAAGGGUGUUCCUUUUUUGCUUUUCUUUUUUCAAACACUUAUACAAACCUGGUGGAGAGAUGCUGAACCUAAACAAUCAUUUGCGUGGGGGAAGAAGGCCUUUCCUGCAGACACGUGUAGGUUGUCCUGAGGCAGGGAGGCGCAGACAACACUACUAGUGCGGUUUUACAUGAAUUGUUGACCACCGUGGCGCUUCGGGGAUCUGAGGAGCCCACGUCUGUCCCCAUGUCCCUGAUGUAAGACUGUCUUUCAAGCCACCUGGAGAAGAGCUUGUCUUCUGCCUUGACCGUUUCGCAGCUUUGACAUCAGGUAGCGGGAAACGUUUGGUUUCCGUAGGGGACCUCGAGCCCCACAAAAAAAUCGCUCUUCCUCUCGGGUUUUGGUGUGGCUCUCGAUUCCACUCCGCAAGGUGACUGCUCAGAGGAGAAGAUGAAGGACACACGCUAAAUAUUUCUGUGUAAGCAUUAUGUAGACAUUGGGUGAUUGAAGUAAUCCUGUGUAGUUUGUGUUCUCCCCAGCCCGUGAAUCCUGGACUACUAAUAUAAUCGCAUCUUUUAGUUCCUUCACAUUUCUCGCAGUGUUACCGUGUUAUGUUGGCAGUUUUAUUUCCACCACCUCCCAUUUGCUGCUGCUCCUGGUGGUCGUCUUGAUCUUCUUGAAUGAAGCCUCGUCUUUUAACUCCCAACUUCUGCAGUUCAUCGAAGACCUCGAGCCUUUAGUCGCGCACAAAACUGUGAUAAACGGGCUGUAAACGACGUGCCCGUGGGCUGCCGUAGCGCUUCCUUUAUUGACGCUUCAAGGUUUCGUCCGAGUUUUGAUUGGGCAUUUACGGUCAUCAUUUGGGAGGUUUUUUUGACUACCGUGUACGCGUGAUGUUUUUGCCAAGUAAAUUUUGUCAUUUUUGUCCAGAAAUGUUUGGUGCAGCCACCUCCACAUGGCAAGUAUGAAGUCUCUGUUAUAAUUAGUUGAAAUGAAAGCGUAACACUUCUGUGAGGCAUUUUGAGCUCGUUGGGUUAUGUGUUCAUGUUCGCGGAGGGAACUGGUCAUCAUUGCUGUGGCCAGGGACUAAACGUGGAAUUGAACAUCGAAUAUUUUUUCAUACAUGGGUGGUAAUUGAAAUUGCUACAUUCGGCAUGUCAGUUGCUGAUACGCUGCUGACUCGUUUCUUCAGUGUAUUGAUAAGCCCAUUAAUGUCUUGUUUGGGGAUCAGUUCUUAAUUAUAGUUGUUCCAGCAGUGCUGAUCAUCCCCACUGUUACACUUAAUGAGUCAAGUGGUUUAUGAUGCACUGAGUGCCGCGUACCAGAGUCGACAGAACACUAAGAGCUGAAAUGCAUCACAGGGCACUAAGCUGAUGCCUGGAAGACACUUGUACGAAGGAACCUGUGCUGGACGGCCAUGCAAAAUUGUGCAACUUUGCUGAAAGAUCAGCCAGACGGCAGUCGGUGCCUUUCCCGAUCCUUCAUGUUCCUGUUAUGAUCUGAUCCUCUUGCUAUCAAGUCUGAAGAGUCAUGAGGUGAUAACUUCACCGAAAACCACUGGUCUGAGAUAUUUUGUCUGGAGAAAUGCUAAGAUGUGAGACAGUGAUUCACUAACAUGCAGACUGUCAAAUUUAAAAUGCCUUUUUUUUUUUUUUUUUUUUUUUUUUUUUGUUGGACUGCUAACACCAAGCCUAGUUCGAUGUACAAAUGUACGUAUUUUCAGAUUUUACAAGCUCGAUGCUCAUCCUGGUAAGGAGCAGUCGAGAUGAAGUGUUAAUACGUUUAAUUAUUGUAACAACUUGUUCCAUAAUUACCUUGUGUAGGUCUGGCCAUGCAGCUGGAAGCUGAUUAACAUUCUAUACAUGCAGCGAAAAUGAUUGUGGUCGAUAGCGGUUUGCUGCGUUCGGCCUUGAGGGAGUCAUCGUCGACUUGACGGAGUAAGUAUUUAAAGAAGGUUUUUAGGGCCUUUGCUCAGUCAUCUGAGUGAUGUCUGGGGACUGUCAGGGCAGCAGCUCUGAUGAAAAAGGAAGUGAAACACAGAGACUGCCGGUGUCUAGUUACGACACAAAAGAAAGCUUUAUGAGUACUGACAGAUUAUCUUGUAACACUACGUCUACGACCAGAACGCAGACGGUGUUCAUGCGAAUUAUUGUGAAAUGGGCUCAGCGGGUGGUCAUACGUUCAGUGGAGAACGGAACUCAUCAAAGUCGGUGUUUCGCUGGCUUCCGCAUGUCUCAUUCUCUCUACAUUAUUUCUGGAAAAGUUGUCUUCUGCGGCCUGUUGAGAUUAUUCAUGUUUGCCAUGUGUCAAAAAAAUACGCUCAUAGGAAAGUGUUUGUCAUAUGCAGCUGAUCUUUGUUCCAAAUUUAAAACCUUCCCUUGUGUUUUGCUCCCAGGAUACAUCACCUUACAUAUCAUGGUAAAAUUAUUUUUUUCUCCAGUAAAAGCUACUUACUGAUGCAUAUGUUUCAACUAUAUAUAUAUGAAUCAUAUAAAGGCAGCAGCCUGUGGGCUGAUGGAUGUUAAGAAAUGUGUUAAGCAGUCAGAGGGGAACUGGGCUUUCUUAGAAUUAUCUGGAAUGGGAAAUGUACCAAAGAACGUUGUCUGUAAGUUGUAGUGUAUGACCUGUGCUGCUCGGGGGUUUCCUUCUUUCUUAAGCUGUAUUGUGCAUGGGUGGUUUGUCUGUCCGUCUGCCACCCACCCCCCGUCCAGUAUAGUGCUAAUGGUACCUUUUUUUAGGUUCCGCUGUGGGCAAGGAUCCUUCUGUGUUGUAGAGAUUUGGCAGAAGGAAGUACAAUCAACUGUCCCUCAGGAGAUUUUGACACCUAGAAUUGAAACCUAUUCUGGGACAGCAAAGGGACAGGGGCUCCUGUCAAAAAUGCUGAUGUAUUACAAGGUAAAGAUGGCAAAAAGGGGGUCAGAACAUGAAGUGCUUUGUAGCAGGAAAGAUGAUGGAUUUUUCCAUUGCCAUUGCUCUGUUUUACCCCCUGCGAACUUCCACAUCAUGUCACAUCGUACCUGUUAAUUUUUCCCUUCACUAUUUGUAACCUGACCACAAGUAUGAACCAGAAAAAAAGUUGCAGAUAAACAUAAGUUUAGCAAGAUUUAUGCUUCUGUUAUUUCUAAAAUGUUUAUUUGGAGGAGAGCUCUUUUGGUAGCCUGGUUCUUCAGUUGUGUUUACAGAAAUUUUUUUUUUUUUUUUUUUUAAAUCUGAGGUUCCCCUUCAUUCUGAACCCCCCCCCACCAACAGUUGUAGCGCUGUUGUCUUGUUCAGUAAUAACAUUAAUUUGGUAAACGAAAGCAUGGUGAUAACCUCUGGCUGGUUCUAUCUGCGUGUAUUUAGAACCACAUUGUUGAACAUAAGGCUCCUCUGAGGGAGCGUGUGUUGGUCUGGGUGGAGUCUCAGCUUUAGAGCCAAUCCGUUUAACAGUUCUGUCCGCAUGCUUUUCGCUGCUGGGUGAGCCCUUGCAAACGUACAUACUGUACUGUGUACAUAUGUCUGUACAUAUCUAAUAAACCAGAGUGUAAUUUGAGUGUGAAUGU